AUGCACCCGUUCUUUCUCGUCCCUGAACUAGUAGAUCAACUCCUCGCAGAACUACACCCUACAUCCCUCCCAGUCCUCGCAUGCACCGCAAGACUAUUCUACGAACCCGUGCUGAGGCUGCUAUAUGGCAGGAUCGUACAUCCCAAGCAGCUGUUCGCUCUCAUAGGUGGAGCAGAAGGCGAAGCGUCGCAGGAGGGAUGGACCGCACCCCGACUAGCGCAGUUCGACCUCAAAGCACAACAUGUCCUUCAAGUCGACUUCGCACCGCACGGCAUGCCCCUCUCGCGCCAACUGACGUUCUGCGCCGCCUGGAGUUCUCUCCUCCGCUCCCGCCCCUCCCCAUUGCCAAACCUCCGUUCCCUAGCCCUAGCGUUCUGGAACCCCGAGUCCUCGGAAUUCGUCUUGUCCCUCAUAGGGCCCAAGCUGCAGGAAAUAACAGUCUUGUUCACGCAGACCAGGCCGCUGCACUUGCGCGAGAGGGAGGACGACGGUGCCGAGCGCUGCGGGGCGUUUUUCAGGACGAUCGAGCGGCAAGGGUGUCAGUUACGUUCGCUGAGGCUAUGGGGCCUCCCGGUCGAGAAGGAGGAGUACGAACUUGCAUUGGCGCAGAUGCUCGAAAACCAAGCCGAACUCACCCAGGUCUCUGUCGCAGGCGAGUUCCUAGGGUUUUGUCAAGCGCUCCCCGUCCUCGCCCAAUGCCCCGUGUUACACGAUCUGGAGAUCAUAAAGCCCUCUCUGUCGUGGGAUGCUCCAACGGCGUUCGACUCCCUCCCAACGACGUCCGCGCUCUUCCCCGCUCUUCAAGGCCUGCGGAUCACCGCCCCGGCGGAAAGUGUCACUCGGCUGCUGAGCGCCGUUGACGGCAGACUAGACCGGGUGGACAUGGAGAUGACUCCAGAGCUCGACGUGCCCGUCCUCGCGCAUGUCGCCCAACUCGCAGCAGCCUUCUCGGAUACGCUGCAAGAGUUCCGGCUCAUAGGGCCUUACUCGCCCACCGGGGCACACCUCCCUCUCCCGUGGAGCGUCUUCCACCCACUGCUGGACUGUCACGCCCUUACCUCCCUCUCGAUCUGCCUGCACUGGUGGGGCGACCUCGCAAUCCAAGACGAGGAUAUCGGACUCCUCGCACGUGCUUUACCCCACCUCCAGUGUUUGAGGAUAUGGACAACCGUCUACCCAGAAGAGGGGAUGCAGCGGUACCUCCACCAGCCUGCGGGGUUCACACUUUCCUGCUUGGGAGCACUAGCUUCCUGUAAGGAGAUCCGGCUCAUAUCCCUAACAGGGGUGGACGCGACAGGCACUCACUUCCUCCUCCCCUCUUCCCCUGCCUGCGUACACCACCCAGUCAGGCUAGGACUCCGCGCCGCCCCGCUAACAUCACCGCAAUCCGUUGCCUUCUACCUCCAAACCCUCUUCCUGCGUGCGGUGUUACUCCCCAGGUACGCACCGGAAGACGCAGGGUAUGCGGAGAACACGCUCUAUGCCCAGCCUUGGGAUUUGGUGGACGCGUUGAUGAGGUAUCAUCGGGCUGCGAGGGCGGUAGAGAGGGGUGAGGAUGCGGGUGAGGGGGAGGAGGACGGGGUGGGGGAGGGGUGGGGAGGGAGAAGGAUCGUAGAUUUACCGCCGAUUGUGUAG